CAAGUUUGAUUCACGAACGUCAUCUCGCACGAAAAUAUAUCAUGGCUUGGGUGAUGUGAGCCUCACGGCUUCUUCAACUCCACCCCUGCCAAUAUCGCCAUCUCGAUUCGUUUGCUUUAAGCUCAUUGACUCACCAACCACACCAAACACUUUGUCAAAAUGCUUCCUUUAUUGUCGCAGCUCUUUCGGACACAUUUCUCUCAUACUAAUUCCCGCUCGAUACACAACUACCGGUCAUUAUCCCGUUCGCAGCGGUGCAAAAUUUAGCAAAAGCGUAUAGGGAUACAGUCACCUGCGCAGGACAGACGCUCUCUGAAACAAACACAGAAAACCUUGUCGUCUAAAGAGAUAUGGCAUCGAUUUUCACGUUUGAUCCUGAUCCUCCGCGUGUUUCCUCGCCUUGGUCCACACCGCCGCUAGGGUCCAAGCCACAGUCGAGGAUCCCGCAGGAUCCUUCAGUCGUGGGACCCCGUCAAAAACGUGUUAUUAGCAGCUCUUCAGUUGCUGCACAGCAUGAUGACACUGUCACACGUCUGGAGGCAGAGCCCCAAGAAGGACCAACUGAGUACAAGCUUCAUUUACUCCUUCGCCGCCGCAGGUCAUUCUCUCGCGUUAGCACUGGACGACAUGUGUCGGGGUCACAUCGCCCCCGCACGGAAGCUCUACUAUCUCCGACUCCACGAAGUGCCUCAGAGUCAAACCUAGCCAAUCCCCUCCCAGCCACGUCUUCCACACAAUCACGCCAGCACCGUCUAGAGCAACUAACCACACAAUUGCUCUGGCGGCUGCAGCAGUCUUCACAAUAUCACUCGUCGUCUGCAAACAACCUGAUCCUUCCGCACCUCCCGGAUGCCUCAGAGCUGUCUAGUGCCAACGUGCCGCGCAAACUCUUGCCAGGUCUAGAAGAGAGCAGGGGCGCGUUAUACGAGAUUGGUGUUGCAGACGACGGAACUUUCGUGGGCUUAGCUGAAGAUGAGAUGGAAGAGAGUCUAAACAACCUUCGGGCCAUGGCGGCUAGUCUAGGCUGUCUCGUGGAAAUCCUUCGCAAAGUUCCCGUCGGUGAUUGUGAAUGGUUCGAGGAUGUGGACACGGGUGAAAUGGCACAGCGCAUGCGCCGAACUGGAAAACUGUGGGUCACUGAAGCGUUCGUUCGUCCUGACCUCAGUCUUCUGCUUCCCGAAAGAAAAGGCGCUCUCGAGAAGGAUUCGAAACCUGCAGGCCUAAGGGUCGGUGCCGUCCCCACGCCCGAUAGCGGAGCUUCGACCCCCUUGCACUCAUCUGCGGACCAGCUCAGGGUAUCCCUUACUGGCGCCACUAUGUCUGGCAAGUCGAGCCUGUUGGGUUGUCUUUCGACAGCGACGUUUGACAACGGUAGAGGGAAAAGCCGCCUGAGCCUUUUGAAGCACCGGCAUGAGAUUGCCUCUGGAAUGACCAGCUCAGUUACCCAGGAGCUGAUAGGCUAUCGGGACUCUACGGCCGAUGGUGCCGCCAAUUGUUUCCAAGUUGUCAACUAUGCAUGUGGCAAUGUGUCCUCGUGGACCGAUAUCCAUGCUGCCUCGGAGUCUGGGAGGCUUGUCUUUCUCUCGGACUCUGCUGGUCAUCCUCGCUAUCGUCGGACCACUGUUCGCGGCCUUGUUGGAUGGGCACCUCAUUGGACUGUGCUUUGCAUACCCGCUGACAAUUCCGAGGACACCUCUGGAAAAGUUGGAAGCACACCGUCGUCCCAAGAUGUCCUCGGCUUCGCCGCUGCAGACGUGGACUUAUCCCAGGCGCAUCUUGAGCUGUGCUUGAACCUGGAUCUGCCCCUGGUAGUGGUGAUCACCAAGCUCGACCUUGCCACCAAGAAUGGACUCCGUCAAACCUUGUCUAGUUUGCUUUCCGCUCUAAAGGCGGCCGGCAGAAAACCCAGCAUUCUAUCUGACGCGUCUACCGUAGUCGAUGAGGCAGACUUGCAUGUUGUUUCAUCUAAAGACCUUGCAGAUGCAUGCAAGACAGCAAGAACAGUCACUACUUCGCCAACUACUGUUCCUAUUGUGCUUACUAGCGCAGUCAAUGGUACAGGCAUUAGCAAAUUACACGCGUUGCUUCAUGAGCUUCCUUUGCCCCUCCCGGUUAUCCCUCUCACACCCUCUCAUCGAGUCGAUGGUACCGAUAGGCCACUUUUGGCCCUCUUCCACGUGGAAGAGAUUUACAGCACGCUAUCUCCGAGCAAGGCACUUCCGAACACCGAUCCUGACGUGGGCCGCGGUGUGGUAGUAGGGGGUCAUCUCCAGUAUGGAACACUAUCCUUGGGUCAAGAGCUCCUGCUUGGCCCGUAUCCUAUGGAUGUUUCCGACGACAGCGAUAGUGGUAGUGGAAAGACAGGCACGAGCCCUACACCACGUCCACUUCGCCCUUCUUCCAUACCAACCUCUCGUUCCUUUCCUGGCGCCCUACACAAACGCUCAUCUGCAUUCCAUCCGUCUCGUCAUUUCGGACAAGAGAACCAGCAUGAAUGGCGGCGCGUUCAAAUCAGCUCUCUCCGUAAUCUGCGCCUGCCGGUCCUCAAAUUACUUGCAGGACAAGUAGGGACCAUUGGCGUUGUACCACUAGACCAACCUAUCUCAACGCCAGCCAUCGUUCGCGUCCGUAAAGGCAUGGUCCUCGUCCAUGGCAGUCCAGUCGCCAAACGCGUUAUAAGAGCAAGGUUUGUAGGUAAGCAUGCGUCGUCUGUCAACGCCCUCACAGUCGGCAGCGCUGUCGUCGUAUAUGUCGCGAGUGUGCGUGCUUCGGCCAAAAUCGUCUCCGUGGCGAUCGAACCGGGGCAAGCAAAGACCAACCCCAAUAGCAACGAAGAUGAUGACGAUAGCUUUGGAUUCGGAUUCGAUGACGAUGACAGUGGUUCCGUUGACGGAGAGAACAGCAACGACGGCAUCGCUACUGCGAUAGUAACGUUCCAGUUUAUCGCCUCGCGGGAGUUCGUCGAGUGUGGAGCGCAGAUACUCAUUGUACCAGGCGGUGGACCGGGCUUAUAUGGCGGCAUGGAAAGAGGGGAGAAGGGAGUUGCUGGGCUUGAAGGAUAUGUGGGUACGGUGGUGGAUGAAGACAUGUGAAUCCGGUGUGGUCUAUAUCUGCAGCAUUCGUGAGCGCUUAUAGCGGUGGUUUUGUUGAUUUUUUCCUUCUUCAUUUUGGUUCUUUUUAUAAGCAUGUCGCUCUUUUGCUCCGCGUCAUAUGUUUUUCUAAUUACAAAGUUCUUUUUGUAAUAAAGUGCUCCAAUUCAUGCAUCUUUGAUCCCUUCGCGAUA